GCGCGCUGGGCUCUCGUUGGCUGCCGGGCUCGGGCCGCAGAGGCCGGUAAAGGGCCGGGUGGCCACGCCGGGUAGGGACCUGGGCGUCUUGGCCCACGAGCGAAUGGGGACGCUGUCGGCCACCUGAGGGCAGUAGGGCGAGUGGACCAAGCGACCUCGCGCAUCCCUUGAGCAGCGGCGGCGGGCCGCGAAGCCGGCGCGGCCAUGGCGACCGGCACUCAGCAGAAGGAGAACACGCUGCUUCACCUCUUCGCAGGCGGGUGCGGGGGCACCGUUGGUGCUAUUUUCACUUGCCCACUAGAAGUCAUUAAGACCAGGUUGCAGUCCUCAAGACUAGCUCUGCGGACGCUCUAUUAUCCACAGGUUCAUCUGGGAACCAUUAGUGGAGCUGGAAUGGUGAGACCAACAUCGGUGACGCCGGGACUCUUACAGGUUCUGAAGUCUAUCUUGGAGAAAGAGGGACCAAAGUCACUUUUUAGAGGCUUGGGUCCAAAUUUGGUUGGAGUUGCACCAUCAAGGGCUGUGUACUUUGCAUGUUACUCCAAGGCCAAAGAACAAUUUAAUGGCAUUUUCGUGCCUAAUAGCAAUGUUGUGCAUAUUUUCUCAGCUGGCUCUGCAGCUUUUGUCACAAAUUCCUUAAUGAAUCCUAUAUGGAUGGUUAAAACCCGGAUGCAGCUAGAACGGAAAGUGAGGGGCUCCAAGCAGAUGAAUACACUCCAGUGUGCCCGGCACGUGUACCAGACUGAAGGUAUUCGCGGCUUCUACAGAGGACUAACUGCCUCCUAUGCUGGGAUCUCAGAAACGAUAAUCUGCUUUGCCAUUUAUGAAAGUUUAAAGAAGUGUCUGAAGGAAGUCCCACUUGCCUCUUCAACAAACGGAACUGAGAAAAAUUCCACAAGUUUUUUUGGACUCAUGGCAGCUGCUGCUAUCUCUAAGGGGUGUGCCUCCUGCAUUGCUUAUCCACACGAGGUCAUAAGGACAAGGCUCCGGGAGGAGGGCACCAAGUACAAGUCCUUCGUCCAAACAGCACGCCUGGUGUUCCGGGAGGAAGGCUACCUCGCCUUCUACAGAGGACUGUCUGCCCAGCUCAUCCGGCAGAUCCCUAACACUGCCAUCGUGCUGUCCACCUACGAGUUUAUCGUGUAUCUGCUGGGAGACCACGCACAGUAACAAGCCACGGUUGUGCUCUAGGAGAAUAAAACUGGAAAAUUCUAGAGAUUUUUUUUCUCGUUGACGUUUAGUGUUCAAAACUGAAACUGGAAAGGCCAUAGAAUGUCUGGCUUAUAUCACCUGUCGGACAUUUCCUUUUGGAUUCAUGCUUUCUGGAAGGUUUAAAUUCAUUAACGUUAAUAGUUAAUUAUUACUUUUUUUUUUAACUUAAGAGGAUGGAGAAGCAGCAACUAAAUUAAAUCAUGCUAUUUAAUUUAAUUAUA